AGUGCUUUAAUCCAGAGGAAAAUGACUUAUUUUAAAAAGCAGUGAAAAACACCGCAUUCCUUUGGCACAGGAUGAAGACCAGCUCAGCUCUUCAGUUGUUGAUCAUUGUCUAUUGUUCUCCAAACAGUAAACCAGUAUUUCACACUGAGAUUGUCGGCUGCGGGUAUAUUCCAAUUCCCCGUCUCCUCAUGAAUAUGAAGUGAAGGGCUCUGACCCUGGAAGUGGUUCUAAGCAGGGCAAAAUGGGGUCUCGGAAGUGUGGAGGCUGCCUAAGUUGUUUGCUGAUUCCGCUUGCACUUUGGAGUAUAAUCGUGAACAUAUUAUUGUAUUUCCCGAAUGGGCAAACUUCCUAUGCAUCCAGCAAUAAACUCACCAACUACGUGUGGUAUUUUGAAGGAAUCUGUUUCUCAGGCAUCAUGAUGCUUAUAGUAACAACAGUUCUUCUGGUACUGGAGAAUAAUAACAACUAUAAAUGUUGCCAGAGUGAAAACUGCAGCAAAAAAUAUGUGACACUGCUGUCAAUUAUCUUUUCUUCCCUUGGAAUUGCUUUUUCUGGAUACUGCCUGGUCAUCUCUGCCUUGGGUCUUGUCCAAGGGCCAUAUUGCCGCACCCUUGAUGGCUGGGAGUAUGCUUUUGAAGGCACUGCUGGACGUUUCCUUACAGAUUCUAGCAUAUGGAUUCAGUGCCUGGAACCUGCACAUGUUGUGGAGUGGAACAUCAUUUUAUUUUCCAUUCUCAUAACCCUCAGUGGGCUUCAAGUGAUCAUCUGCCUCAUCAGAGUAGUCAUGCAACUAUCCAAGAUACUGUGUGGAAGCUAUUCAGUGAUCUUCCAGCCUGGAAUCAUUUGAAUAAGGACAAAAUGUUUUCCAUUAUCAAGACAUGGCCAUCUAUCUAAAUAUUAUAUCAACUGUGUAGACUUGAGGGCAAUAUUGAAAUGAUGGUGCUUUCUGCAUUUGGUGUUUAUUUGUGAAAAAUUUGCAGUCCUCACUGCAUAUGCAAGUAUACCACCCUUCCAUUUAGUAUGUUUUUUAAGUAAUAUGCAUCAGAAACUUCAGAAAUACUUCUGCCCUUUGAUCAAACAAAUCCAUUUCCAAGAAUCUGUACUAGGGAAGUAAAUAAGAAUAUGAGAGAAAACUUUAUGCAAAUAUGUAUAUUGCAACAUUAUUUAAUAUUCUGGAAAAUUGGAAACACCCCAAAAUUCUAAAUUCAGAGGAAGGAUUAAGUAAAGAGGGGUACACACUGUAAAUGUUUUCUGAUAUUAAAAAAAUUAAAUAAAAAAUAAAGAGUACUACAUGGUUGUAAAAUUACAGUCAUUACAAAUGAUGUUUUUAAAAUUAUGAAUAAUGCUACAUCAAAAAGCAGGUUACAAAUUCAUGUUUACUAUAUAAGUAUUUAAAGCAAAUGAAACACUAAUAAUCAAAGUUUAGGAUGAAAACUAAAUCUAAAAGGAAAUAUAACAAAAUGCCAAUUAUGCUUGGUUUGGGGCAUUGAUGACCCUUCUUCCCACUUUUCUAUAUUUUCCAAGAUUUCUUUAUUGAAUAUGUUUUACUAUAAAUAUUUUCUAAACUCAUAUUUUCACUAUUAAAAUUUUUUUAUUUUUCCAAACUUUCAGGCAUAUGCUCUUUCCACAUUCCUCAACAUUAUUUGCAAACGUCGUGAAAUGACACUUCCAUCAACAUUCAAUGAGGAAAGUAGUGAUAUAGAUGAGCCAAAAAGAGUUUUAUAUAAACUUAUACAAUCUAAACUCUUGCUCUUCCUUUCUGACUCCUGAGGGUGAGUGUGAUGGACUAGAAGAGGUAGCCUUAAAAUAAGUGAGCAGCUAGGGAACAUGCUCAAUGGGCAAGAGAAAAUGACCACUGACCAGUCAAUACCUGUGUCAGGGGGAGUUACCAGUACCUAUAUUUAUUUUUAAAGUAAUUAAAAAGUAGAACACUUACAAAUUUUCCACCUAUACAUGCCAUGUCUUCCUCGGGAACAGUAGCCACAUCUUAUAUAUUUCCCACCAUCCAUAGGACCCAGCACACAGUGAAGCCAGUAGGCAGGCACUCAGUGUUGAAUGCUCAUACCAGGUUUUCUGCUUCCUGUAGUUACCCUGCUGAGCACUGCUUCCAUCACAGGUGCACUGGGCCUCAACACUUCUGCCAUUUCCCCAUUUGUCUCCUCCAUGGACAUUGUCAACAAUGGUCUGUCAACACCUGCUCUGUGCCAAAGCCAGGGAGUAGGCUGGGGGGUUACGGAAGAGAAUAUCUUUCUCCUUGAUGCCUGCUGUUCCAACAGACCCCUUUAAGCCUUGUUCACAGCCUUUGCUGAAACAAGCAUCUUGAAAGCAAGCCAUGUUAUAUACUGCAUGACCUUCAUGCUCUGGGCCCAGCUGACUGAACUGGGGCAGGCCCCAGAGUCAUGGGCAGCCUAUUGUCUUGCUAAUGGCCUCUGACUUAUCCUGGAGUAAAACACAGUCCAAACAAGACUGGUGGUUAUUCAAGCAUAAGAAUUUGAACUAGGAAGCCAAGAAUGAAGCAACCGGAGCAUUACCAUCAAAAAAUGAUUAAAGGAUGAAGAAGGAAGCCAACAUUCAGAGAGUGUCAGGUUCAUGUUAAUAAUGGUAUCAUAUUAAAAGGAAGAUACAUGAACUUCUACUCCAAAAGCUCCUAAAACUGCCUUUGCCCAUAAUGAACAGAAUACCCUAGGCCUGGUUUCUGUUGUUGGAUUCCUAGAUAGUCUUUCUUCUUUGUCACUGUGCUGAUCAUUUCAGUAAACCCCCCACUAAAUCAGUGCAGCUCUGUUUAUUGCAACUAAAAUGAUCCAACCGAAGUCUCCCUUUUCUAGAUGUUGGGUUGGAGGGAUGCUAAGACAAAGAUGCUUAGGCUCCAGAGUUUUACAGAGCUUCAUUCAAUAACACUCUACCUUCCAAAGAACUUAAAUAUGAGGUCUGAAGGACUUGGACCAAGAGCAAACCCAAGCUACAGACACCAGGUUGUACUCAGAGUGACCUCUCCCCUCUGACAGCCCAGGAUUUCUCUAUCAAGUCCAUAAGCUAGUCACAUCCAGGACCAUCUUGUUAAAAAUUCUCUCAAAGUCUCCUCAGCCCUCUUGUAAACAGACUUCUGGAAGGUCCACUUCAUCAGUUUGUUAUAUACUUUCAGACUGUCUAUCUCUUGUUUAGAUUCAGCAUGGCACCGUACAUUGAAUGGACUGUUAAUAGAUGUUUGCUGAAUGACUCCACCACAGCAUUGGACACAUCAGGGGUACAGCCAAAUGCAGCAUGAUACCUCUAUCAGGAAAAUUAAAUUUUAACACAGCCACCAAAUAUUCUAUAUUUGAAGAGUAUAUGCUAAUCAUGCAAUUUUAAGUAAAAAAAAGCUGAAUAUGUGUUUUAUAUCCUUGUGAAUUCAAAGUAAAAAGGAAAAAAACUCAAAAACCAAAUAUAUGUAUGCAGUUUGAGCCCAAAUUUUUAAUUAAGUAACCAUAUAAUUACAUGUAGACAUGUAUAAACCUUCAGAUAUGUAAAGACCAGAAAAAUAUUUAAAAGUUAAUAGUUACAUCAUCUGUGGUCACAACACCCUGAAAAUGCCUAAUAUUGGAAACUUAAGCAGGGUUGAUCCAGGUUAUUACUUGGAUGGGAGACCAGAUGCUAUAGGCUGAAAAAAGAAAGCAUAAGUAUGCACAAGUUAAUACUUAAUAAUUAUCUCCUAAUGAUAGGACUAUAAGUUCUAUCUCUUUUCUUUACAUUGUUCAGUAUUUUCAAAUUUCCCUUUGAAAAUGUGUUAUGUACUUGAAUUAUUAGAAAAAAUAAAUGUCAUUUAAAAAGCA